CCGGUCACACUCCGGUCAAAAUAAAACAAAAAAUAAAUAUGUUUGAAAUAUCAAAGAUAAUUAACAUAUAUUUUUAAAAUUGCAAAGAGAUCAAUGAAAAGAUGCCUGUUUCUUUUUAACAUAUACUAAGUACAGUUAGAAUAUUUUAGUAAUUAAUAAACGACCGCCACAGUCUGAUGGAAAAUCGUAUUUGCUCAUAAUAAUAAUGUUUCUAAGUUCAUUUCGAAUGCCUCAGAACAAAGCAAUACACUGUUACCUCUUAAUGAGUUUGUGGAUUUUAUUAAUCGUUGUCGGUAUUUACAAGUUUUUAGAAGAAAAACAGAAAACACCAGAACCUGAAGUAAUUUCGUCCACUUCAUACACGAAUCUUGCACUAGAUGCAAAAACUAAGAGAAUAUUUCGAAUAUGUAACUUCCCUGAGGAUCUUACAACAGGAGAUGAAGGUGCUAUUCACACAAGCAAAUGGUCACUUAAAGGCCUCUUAAUACUCAUAAGACAUGGAGAUAGGGGCCCUCUUCAGCAUAUAAAGAAAAUAUCUUCCAUAAACUGUGGGACACCCACCACUGAGAUGUUGACAACAUAUAAGGCUUAUUUACAUAAUCAAUCCCUUCCUGGGAAAGUUUCAUGGGUUGGACCAGGACCAUUUCAUGGUUUUCCAUUUUUGCCAAUGCAUCCUAGUCAGUGUCAUUUAGGCCAACUAACUAUGCAAGGUGUGUCCCAACUGCUUAAGCUGGGAAAUCUACUUAAACAAAACUAUAAAGACGUUUGGCCGAAACUGCAUUCGUUAAAACCUACUGAAGUUAUGAUACACAGCACACGUUAUAGAAGAACGUUUCAAUCAGUUUUAGCGUUUUUAUACGGUUUAAUUUCUCCAGAAACUUUAGAAAAAGUUGUUAUGUACGAGAGUCAAAGUAUGAGUUUCUGUUUUAGAGAUUGUGGAUGCCCUGUUACUGAGAAAUUAUAUAAAAACGUCAAAAAGAGUAUAUCACAUCAACUUCAAUCACAUCCAGCUGUAGCGGCACUAUCAGAAUCGACAGGAAAUGCUUUAUUUUCUGUUAAUGGAGAACCUACGAUUGUUAAUACAGACCCACAUUUCGUUAGAGACGCACUUUUGACUUUUGUCUGUCAUAGAAAUGGGCUUCCUUGCGAUACACCUGUUAAUUGUAUAAGACGUCAAAACGUAGUGGGAAUAUUCGCCUACACCGACUGGGUAAACUACCAAAAGUGGAGAAACGCAUUCUGGAAGAGAUACUGCAUAUUAAAAUCAUACGGCUUGAUUAGGCACAUCGUCCAACACAUGCUUCAAAUGGUAUCUAAUAGCGGACCUUACCUCGUAGUAUAUUCUGGCCAUGAUCAUACUCUGGAGCAACUGAGUACAGCCCUGGGCCUUCAAAAUGAUCCGUUCCUUUUGAGAUACGCAGCCAGAAUAGUAUUUGAAGUGUAUCAAGAAAAACAGGAAUUGGAUAAUACUCAAGGUAUAUAUUUUAGAUUGCUCAGCAACGGGAAAGAUAUCACUAGACAAGUUAGUUUUUGUAAAAAUAUUGUAAACGCAGGUGCAAAAAUAAGCCUGUGUAAAAUAGAAGAUAUCGUUAGGUUUUUACAUGAUGAUUAUUUUAGUUCGUUGAAUGUAACUAAUUUUAAAGACGCAUGUAUGCGAUGAAAAUGUGAUUUUAGAUUUAGGACAUAGUAUUAAAACUUAUCAAUGAUA